UGCUUUCGUGUCGGCCGGUAGCAAACGCAGGAGCGUUCGUGGUCGUACAAGAUCGAAAAACAGAGCGUACGUGCAGUAAUGUUUGUUAGGAUUGUUUCGUUUGUGCUACAAUAGUGAACCAUUCUGAUCGUGUGUUGGCCGUGAAGUAUACAGGCAAUAGCUCAACUCUCAAACCAACAUAUUAUAAAAAUUGUUCCGCUGACACACGCUGGAAGGAGUGUGCUUAAAAGUUUGGCCUUUUAUCUGUGUUUAAAAAGGUGAUCGUUAUUGGAUCGAGAGAAAAAACGAAGGAGUUGUAGGAGUGAUUGAUUUACAUGCAGAGUGUGUGCCAAAUAGUCAUUUGAACGAAAGUUAAGAAUAGUUAACGGAUUAAUAACCGGACUAACCGGGUGAAAGGAUAUCCACGGAUAACAAAAAGAAGAAGUAAAAAACAACCUUAGAUGCCUUUUUAUGGGCAAAAGCAAAAGCUAACCAAUUGAACGUGUGAAUCAUCAUCAUUGUCGACAGAAUGUUGAUGGGUUUGUUAUUUGACGUUCGUGAGUGAGAGUGUAUUUGUAAGCAAAAUACGUUAUACUGGGUGCGUUUGAUACGUCCGGAAGAAAUUGGGAGUAAAGAAUCAGUUCCACAGGGUUUGAAACCUGUUCUCUGUGUGUGAAUGCGUGAUGCAAGAAAAAUAAACCGCAAACCUUCGAAAGUAGAGGGAGAAGAGAUAAAAAUAAAGCAGGUGAUAAGCAAACAACGACAGAUAGCUGGUAAAGGAAAAAUCUAUCGACGUCAACGCAACCAACAUCGACGCUAUCGCCCUGCCCAAGUGCUGUGACAUAAGGUAAUUGCACAGGGAAAAACGCACCGCAAAAAGUGUUUGGAAGAUAGUGACGAAAACUGCAAAAAAAAAAAACCAGCAGCAAGAAAAGUGCAUCGGUGCAACAUUGUAGUGCGUGAACAUAAUCGGAGUAAUAACAAAAACGAACAGUCCCACGCCCGCUGACAUCCUGCUUUACAGUUCAAAUGUGGUCCGAGGCAAUGAGCACAUUGGCCAAAAUGUAUCCAAAGCUUAGUGCAGUUGAGCUGUCAGCGAUCCUCAUGAAAGGAGCUGCCAUGUCUGCAUCAUUGGAGAGAGACUCUGGAUUCAACUCGGGCAGUUCGGAACACGAGGACGACCUGAAGUCGCUCGAUCAGAGCUCACGCGAUGGUUUAAUUAGCCCCGAAAACAGCUCCGAAGAUUCGGUACCGGAAUCAAAACUGUCAAGCACCGGCGUUGUCGUAACGGCACAGGCCUCCUCAUUGGUAAAGAACAAGCGCAAAAGCACGGAACCGUUGCGCGUAGUGGCUGAGACCGAGCUAUUAGCACCACUCAAAAAACGGAUCCGUUUCGAUGACGAACGGAAGCACGUGGAAGAGCUGCAACAAGAGCAGCAUCAUCGCUCUCAUCAUCAUCAGCAUCCGCAGGAUCGAGAUGAGCUGGAUACAAGCUCACCCGCUCCUUCAUGCCGCACCGCAAGCAGCCCAUUUCGUCCGUGGGCUCCCUCCGCGAUGACAUUGGAGGGAGGGCCAAUUUCACAUCCCGUGCCGUUUGCAUCUCCGUUUCCCAAUCCGGCCGAUCUGCUCGUACGUCAUCCGGCGGUCACGACACUACACCGUGCAGUCAGUAUCAAGCCGCUCGAGCAGCUGCAACCACUGGCCCUGGUGGCUAAGAAGAGCUCAGCCUCCUCCUCUUCAUCAACCUCCUCCUCGAACGUCGCCAAGAAUCAAUCCUCCCGACCGAGCCCACGGUCUGCCUCUCGUUCGCCGCAGCGCACGCCCGACUGGAAGGAGCUGCAGGAGCAACAUGCACACCUUCACCAUAGUCACGCAUCCUCGGGACCGCUGUUCGUGCAGCCCCGUGCUCCACCGUCCCUCGACGGCACGAACGAUUCGAUCACGGAUCACGAGUCAACGGUUGCUUCCGGCGGACACGGUGGCAAAUCCUCGUCCGGCUCGGGUGGAGCCAUUUCGCAAACGCGCAACUACAAAAACAUGACGCGCGAAAGGCGAAUCGAAGCGAAUGCGCGAGAGCGAACCCGCGUGCACACGAUUUCCGCCGCGUACGAGAAGCUGCGGCGAGCCAUCCCAGCCUACUCCAAUGCCCAGAAGCUGUCAAAGCUGUCGAUCCUGCGCAUCGCCUGCUCCUACAUACUGACGCUGAGCCGGAUGGCCGGGGAGGAUUACAGCGAGGACGGCUCCGAACCGUCGAUCGCUGAGUGUGUGGAGAUGGUGACAAAAACAAUUCAAACAGAGGGUAAGAUAAGGAAGAAAAAGGACGAAUGAGUGAGGUCGCUGUUGGAUCGAUGGCGAGGUGUGAUUUAUCUAGUGCAAAGCAUUAGAUUAGUCGUCGUCCGUUGUUGCUGACUGAAGGAUGGCACCUAAUAUGCAGCAGCGGCAUCGGUGUGCGUUAGGAUUACUUGUGCGCAUUUGCGGUGCAAUCGGCGCUCCCCUCGAUGUGGGUCAAACUCUCAGGUUGGAUAAAGAUCGUCAAUUUCGCUUUAGCAUAGAUGGCGCUUUUAAGAUUUUACGUUCUCCUUCUCAGUGUAUUGAACUUAAAUGUUAGCUCCCGCCAUAUUUAUUAAACAAUUUUUCCCCUUUGAAACCAUUGAGAAUCAUUUUUCUUUUUUUUUAAAAAUUCAUCAACUUGUGUAUCGAGGUGUGCGGAAAACUAAAUAACGAAGUACAAAUGUAGUCUUGGAAACUCAAAUACGCUGUUUCGUAAGAAAAGGUGCCACAGUUUUACUUAAACAUUACUAAUGACAAUAAACAAACGCAGGGAAAGGGAAGAAGGUUAGCGCAGGCAACAGUACAAGCGAACGGUGGUACAUGUCUUAAAAAAAGAAAAAUUAACAAAAAAGCUAUCGAAACCAAACCACGCACAUCCUGCAGCAUUCGGAUGGCGGCCAAACGUACAAGUGCCAUAAAAUGUAGCAACGCGAAAGUGAGAAAAAGGUUGUUAUAAUGUUAGGGCACACCAGUGUUCCUUGGAGGGAGCAGUUGUAGAGAAGCUGCAAAGCAUAGAAAGGAAGGUAAAGGCUUACAAACACCAGCCGCCCCCCCGGAACCGCGUUCCUAGGAGUGCUGACCCCAUCGUUGACGCGGGGUUUAAGUCGGCAGACUGAACGUACAAGCACAGUGCAGUGUCAUAUUUUAUGUUAGCUUAGCGCCGUGACCGAAAAUAAAGUAGUCCAGAAACGCCCCGUUUAGCGUCUCAGUCAUUAUUAUCAGCGUUAGCGGUUGAAGGUGCAGCACCUCGGUCUCGUUGCUCCAUUUAAGAAGGGGCCGGGGGAGAAAGUUUUGGUUGCGAAAAGUCUCAUCCAAAACAUUGGUGGUUUUGUGUUUGUCAUUUGGCAUUUCCCUACUCAUAAGCACAGUCAUAUUAAGUCGUACGUGGGUCUUCUACUGUGAAAGAUGAUCUGCUGUGAGUCAGUCAUGGGUGGUGUUGUGUGAGCCAAGGGCUCGGCCAGCAGGUUUGCGCUUAGUUGGAGGAGAGCAACAAAAAUAAAACAAGAAAAAAGGAAAGCAAGGCAAGACUACCUGAUUUGUACAUGUACAUAGGAAUAUAUUUGCGUACGUUUUAGAAACACACAAGCAUCGGUUCAAACGGUAUCAACAAGGUUACUAAGCGACACUCGUUAGAUAAGAAUACGUAUAAGCAUAUUGUUUUGUAAUACUUACAAGUAAGUAGUACCUUAGACAGUUAAGGUUAAACUAUAUACAAAUAUUGUGAUCGGAGGUGAGGUGAAAUCGAAAUGAUGAUCUAAGAAGCAACUACAAGUUUGUGAAACACUGAUAAAGAAAA